UUCUAGAAGAAACCUCUCUAUAUAAAGCAAGCAUAACUGGACUGGGGUUCACUGCAAUUCACUUUUUAUCAUAUAUUGCCUAAUACUAUUCAUGGCAACCGCAACUACGGUGAGCUUGAAGCUUCUGAUUGAUUCGAAAGGGCAAAGGGUUCUUUAUGCGGAAGCAGGCAAAGAUUUUGUUGAUUUUCUCUUCAACCUUUUGUUAUUGCCGGUUGGGACUAUUAUAAGGCUGCUAACAAAACAAGGCAUGGUUGGAUGCCUUGGAAACCUUUACCAGAGCGUUGAAAAUCUGGGUGAUGCAUACAUUCAGCCGACAACAAACAGGGACACCUUGUUGAAACCUACGUAUUCUUCAAACCUGGCAACCAAUGUUCCUCUCUUGUUGCCUAACAUUCAAUCAUCUACGCCACAACAAUUAUAUCGAUGUUCAUAUCAGUAUAAUACCAAUUGUCGUUCGUAUUAUGCAAAUGAUCCAAAAUCUACUUGCCCUUCUUGCAACAAUGUCAUGAACUCCCCUGCAACAUUUGUAAAUCCCCCAAAUAAGGUUUCGAUUGCAUCAUCUGCUGCAAAUGAGGGUGGUUAUGUGAAAGGGGUUGUUACAUAUACGAUUUUGGAUGAUCUAACAGUCACACCAAUGUCAACUAUUUCAAGCAUAACUAUGCUCAAUAAGUUCAACGUCAAACAAGUUGAUGCUUUGGAAGAGAAAGUUGUUGAUGUAAGCAUGAAUGAGGGUGUGGAGCUAUUGAAGGCAUCGCUGCAGUCCAAGACUGCGUUUACUGAUGUAUUCCUUUCCCAAAAGGCCGGGAAGAAGCUUUCUAAGUGAUGGAAAUGCGGAAGAUUUCUGCUGCUGUUGAUGUGUUGCUGGUUUGUUCACAAAUUUACAAAGUGUCUGCAGUUGGCUGAUCCACAGUAACUUGUAGUUAUCUUUUAUUGAUUUCAAUGUUGU